AUGUCGGACGAGCAGCGCGGGGACAUGGAUGGGGAGCUGGAGAGCAAUGCUGCGCGGUGCCGCCGCAGCGCAUCGGCUCCAGCGCAGACGCUCGCCCCCUUCGGCUCCGCUUGCGCGGCGGGCGACGCAGUGGCGACCAUGGGGUUCGUCCACUUUUAUUUGGGCCUGCCGUGGGUAGUCCAUGCGCUCGGCUACGCGCCCAGGAAUUCAAACGGGGCUUCUGUGCAGGGGCGCGCGUGGAAGGAGAUCGCGGACGCGUUCAUGGCCCAGGCGCUAGCCGAGGACGCCGCAGUGGCGGCCGGCGAGGACGACAAGGGAGAGGACGCCGUGGACGCCAUGGGCGCCCUGCUCGACCUGCCCGAUCCCGCAGCGGCAGAUCCCGUGGCGGCAGCGAAAAAGAAACAAAAGGUGCUCGGGCGCAUCGUAGUUUGUUCCGCGCGUGAGAAGUGCCCGCUCGAGUUCCCCGAUAUGACGGACGAGAGGGAGGUGUGCCUGAUCUCGUUCAAGAAGAACGAGUCCGAGUGCGAUCUGGCGGGGGCCCCGCUGGUUCAGAGCCCAGGCGAGGACAACGCCGCAGUGGCGGCUGCCGCCAACGGGGCGGGCUCGCAAUAUAGCCUGCCCUCUAGAGAGAGCGCGGGCUCACAGACGCGGACAAAAGCCGCCAGUCCACCAGUUCCUGUGGACCGGGCGGUCAGUGCCCAGGGCGCCGUGCACGCUGGGUACACGUGCCGAUGGUUAUUCCCCACCAAGGAAUACAAGGGCGCGUGGGAGGGAACGGUCGCGCGCGCAGGGGACUUGCACGGGAAGGUUGACGUGUGCCAGCUGGCCACUUUUACCCGCGCGUAG